AUGCGCAUAACUUUCUUCAGACGAUUAAGCUCAAUGGCUGGUCACCUUCCAGCUUGCGUCAUUGACAAUGGGACGGGCUACACAAAAUUAGGUUAUGCUGGAAACUGCGAACCUCAAUUUAUAAUCCCUUCGGCCAUCGCUGUAAAGGACAAAAUAGCCAGCUCGAAUGCAGCCGCUCUUCGUUGGAAUACGUCUACUGGAGGAAGAAUUGAUGAUCUGGAUUUUUUCAUCGGCGAUGAGGCCCUAUCUCCUUCCGCAGCUAAUUACUCAGCAAAGUACCCGAUUCGCCAUGGAAUCGUUGAAGAUUGGGAUUUGAUGGAACGAUUUUGGGAACAAUGCAUCUUCAAGUAUCUGAGAGCUGAACCUGAAGACCAUUUCUUCCUCUUGACGGAACCUCCGCUGAAUACACCAGAAAAUCGAGAAUAUACUGCGGAAAUAAUGUUUGAAUCCUUCAAUGUGCCAGGUUUAUACAUCGCGGUGCAAGCCGUUCUAGCUCUGGCCGCUAGUUGGUCCUCUCGCGCCGGUAAUGAACGCCCAUUGACUGGAUUGGUCGUAGAUUCUGGUGACGGCGUGACUCAUUGCAUCCCUGUUGCUGAAGGAUAUGUGAUAGGAUCCUGCAUAAAACAUAUUCCAAUUGCUGGACGAGAUAUCACAUAUUUUAUCCAGCAGAUACUGAGGGAUCGUGAACCAAGUAUCCCUUCUGAUCAGUCUUAUGAAGUCGCAAAGGCCAUCAAGGAACGUUACUGUUACGUUUGCCCUGACAUCUUAAAAGAGUUCAUAAAAUACGACACGGAUGGAGCUAAAUGGCUGAAAACUUACCAUGGCAUCAACAAUAUCACAAAGAAAGAGUUUGUUGUGGAUGUAGGCUACGAACGGUUUCUUGGUCCUGAAAUAUUCUUCCAUCCUGAGUUUGCCAAUCCUGAUUUCACUACCCCCAUUUCGGAAAUCAUCGACACAGUGAUUCAACAGUGUCCCAUCGAUGUACGCAGAGGUCUUUAUGAAAAUAUAGUGCUUUCUGGUGGCUCAACAAUGUUCAAGGAUUUCGCUCGUAAACUGCAACGAGAUAUCAAGCGAAUUAGUGAGAAUAGGCUGGCGAUCAGCGAAGCACUUAGUGGAGGGAAGCUGAAGCCCAAGCCGAUUGAUGUGCAAGUGAUAUCGCAUAAGAUGCAGCGAUAUGCGGUGUGGUUUGGUGGUUCAAUGUUGGCGUCAACGCCCGAGUUCUACAAAGUUUCUCACACAAAAGAAGAGUAUAUGGAAAAAGGCCCUUCGAUUUGCCGACACAAUCCAGUAUUUGGAGCCCUAACUUAA